GCAAUCCUCCAUCCUCUGUCCUAAACCAAAUUGAAGCUGUAGGUUGCAGAGUCCUUACAUCUAUAUAUGUAUAUGCCUCUUCGUCUCUCUACUCCAUUCAUAUAAACGCAGAGAAAACUGGGAGAAGAAGCAAGGGGUGACUACUGAACUUUUCUCUUAAGCUUUCUCUGUCCUCUGCUGAGCUUCCACCAUGGGCGGCGAUAAGGCUAUCAGUCUCGAGGAGAUAAAAAACGAAUCCGUUGAUCUGGAGCGGGUUCCUAUUGAGGAGGUAUUCGAGCAACUGAAAUGUUCAAGAGAAGGUCUAACUUCCGAGGAAGGAGCCAACAGGCUUCAAGUUUUCGGACCCAACAAACUAGAGGAGAAAAAGGAAAGCAAAAUUCUGAAGUUUUUGGGCUUUAUGUGGAACCCAUUGUCAUGGGUCAUGGAGAUGGCUGCUAUAAUGGCUAUAGCAUUGGCAAAUGGCGACGGAAGGCCUCCAGAUUGGCAGGACUUCGUUGGCAUCAUUUGCUUGUUGGUUAUCAACUCUACAAUCAGUUUUAUCGAGGAAAACAAUGCUGGGAAUGCUGCUGCAGCUCUCAUGGCUGGUCUUGCUCCUAAGACAAAGGUUCUCAGAGAUGGUCGAUGGAGUGAGCAAGAUGCUGCAAUUUUGGUUCCAGGGGACAUAAUAAGCGUUAAACUGGGUGAUAUCAUUCCUGCUGAUGCCCGUCUUCUUGAGGGUGAUCCUUUGAAGAUUGAUCAGUCUGCCCUAACCGGAGAGUCCUUACCAGUUACUAAGAACCCAGGGGAUGAAAUAUUCUCUGGCUCAACAUGUAAGCAGGGUGAGAUAGAGGCAGUUGUAAUUGCCACCGGUGUUCAUACCUUUUUUGGUAAGGCUGCUCAUCUGGUGGAUAGCACCAAUCAAGUUGGGCACUUCCAGAAGGUUCUUACAGCCAUAGGAAAUUUCUGCAUUUGUUCUAUUGCCGUUGGUAUAGUCAUCGAGAUAAUUGUAAUGUAUCCCAUUCAGCAUCGUGCAUAUAGGGAUGGGAUUGACAAUCUUCUGGUUCUCUUGAUUGGAGGUAUUCCAAUUGCCAUGCCCACUGUCUUGUCUGUCACUAUGGCCAUCGGUUCCCACAGACUUUCUCAGCAAGGUGCUAUCACCAAGAGAAUGACUGCCAUUGAGGAAAUGGCAGGGAUGGAUGUUCUUUGCAGCGACAAGACAGGAACUCUAACACUGAACAAGCUAACUGUCGACAGAAACCUAAUAGAAGUUUUUGCAAAGGGGGUCGAGAAAGAGUAUGUUAUCCUCCUAGCAGCAAGGGCUUCAAGGACUGAAAAUCAAGAUGCUAUUGAUGCUGCUAUUGUAGGGAUGCUUGCGGAUCCAAAGGAGGCACGGGCUGGUAUUAGAGAGGUCCAUUUCCUUCCUUUUAACCCCGUUGACAAGAGAACUGCUUUGACCUACAUUGACUAUGAUGGAAAUUGGCAUCGUGCCAGCAAAGGUGCACCCGAGCAGAUAAUUGCUCUUUGCAACUGCAAGGAGGAUGUUAAGAGAAAGGUUCAUUCAGUGAUUGACAAGUUUGCUGAACGUGGGCUACGAUCUUUAGCUGUUGCAAGACAGGAAGUACCGGAGAAAACCAAAGAGAGUCCUGGAGCACCCUGGCAAUUUGUUGGUUUGUUACCUCUUUUUGAUCCUCCUAGGCAUGAUAGUGCUGAAACCAUCAGAAGAGCUUUAAACCUUGGCGUGAAUGUUAAGAUGAUUACUGGGGAUCAGCUUGCCAUUGCCAAGGAAACUGGGCGGAGGCUUGGAAUGGGAACAAACAUGUAUCCCUCUUCAUCUCUGCUUGGCAAUGACAAAGAUGCUUCCAUGGCAGCCCUUCCCGUGGAUGAAUUGAUUGAGAAGGCUGAUGGAUUUGCAGGAGUCUUCCCAGAACACAAAUAUGAGAUUGAUAAGUUGCAGCAAAGGAAACACAUUUGUGGCAUGACCGGAGAUGGUGUGAAUGAUGCUGCUUUGAAGAAGGCAGACAUGGGAAUCGCAGUUGCUGAUGCUACGGAUGCUGCCAGAAGUGCUUCUGACAUUGUCCUUACUGAGCCUGGUUUGAGCGUAAUCAUAAGUGCAGUGCUGACCAGCAGGGCCAUUUUCCAAAGAAUGAAGAAUUACACUAUAUAUGCGGUUUCAAUUACCAUUCGUAUUGUGUUUGGCUUCAUGUUUAUCGCUCUCAUAUGGAAGUUUGACUUUGCUCCCUUCAUGGUUCUAAUCAUUGCAAUCCUAAACGAUGGAACAAUCAUGACAAUAUCGAAGGACCGAGUGAAACCAUCUCCACAGCCUGACAGCUGGAAACUAAAAGAAAUUUUCUCCACUGGUAUCGUGCUUGGAGGUUACUUGGCUCUAAUGACAAUCAUCUUCUUUUGGGCAAUGAGGGACACUAGCUUCUUCUCGGACAAGUUUGGCGUAAGACCGAUUGGUCACCGUCCUGAGCAAAUGAUGGCAGCCCUAUACCUUCAAGUCAGUAUAGUGAGCCAGGCCCUUAUUUUCGUUACAAGGUCUCGCAGUUGGUCCUUCGUUGAGCGCCCUGGACUUCUUUUAGUCACAGCUUUCGUAGUCGCUCAGCUGGCGGCCACGUUCAUUGCAGUUUAUGCAAACUGGGGUUUUGCUCAUAUAGAGGGUUGCGGGUGGGGAUGGGCUGGAGUAAUCUGGCUUUAUAGUGUGGUAACAUACAUUCCACUUGACUUGCUCAAAUUUGCAAUCCGCUAUGCUCUGAGUGGGAAGGCCUGGGAUAAUCUGCUAGAGAACAAGACUGCCUUUACUACAAAGAAAGACUAUGGGAAAGAAGAGAGAGAAGCACAGUGGGCUGCUGCACAGAGAACCCUGCACGGCCUUCAACCACCUGAAAGUUCCAGUCUUUUCAAUGAAAAGAGUAGCUACAGGGAGCUUUCAGAGAUUGCCGAGCAAGCCAAGCGCCGAGCUGAGGUCGCAAGGCUGAGAGAGCUUCAUACUCUCAAGGGUCACGUUGAAUCGGUGGUGAAGCUGAAGGGACUAGACAUUGAUACCAUUCAGCAGCAUUACACAGUUUGAGGAGCAACACCAAUUGGGUUUGCAGCAGCCAACGUGAUGUUUUCUUUUGUUGGAAACCUCAAAAAAUAUGACGACGAACAAUAUCCAAAAAGAUGUAGAACAUUACAGUACAUUAAUAUCUCUAGGUUAGGUUGGUAAUUCAUAGACGGUUGUUUUUAUCUGAAUUGUCAGAUGAAGUAAAUCAUUUUUCUUCAUACA